AUGUUAUGGUGGAAACAAUUAGAGUGCGUCCAAGACAACUUUAUAAUGAUAGAGCGAGAAGAACAGAGAAGAGACUACAAUGAUAACUCAACGCUUACCUUAACGCUACCUACUAGAGAUCCGAUAUUGCAAGACAAUUUAUUGAUAGCAAAUAUAGAUCAAGUGAAAACUUUACAAGCUUCUCUUUUCCCUAUAUGUAACAAAGCGAAACUUAGAGAACCACGAGAAUUAUUUGCUUUACCAAAGGAACUCGAUUGCCCACAACAAGCACCCCGAUGGCCGUCAGAAUGUCAAGUAGUAGAAGAAAGAAUACAACAUCUAACGUGGAGUCCUGCAUCUCCUGAGCCGUAUUAUGUAUCAACAGGGAAAGAGCUCAAACCUCAGCCAGUUGGAGAAGAAGCAGGGACAGUGAUAUUUCAAUAUUAUCCCAUGAGUGCCGUAAAUUAUUUUAGUCGUUCAUCAGUUGGAGGUUCUCGUUUAUUUCUGUCGGCAUGCACCAGUGCAGGCGGAGAUGACGAGUUAAAAUUUGAAUCACGUUUUGAAAGUGGAAAUCUUGCUAAAGCUAUUAAAAUAACUUCAGCCUAUUACGAGCUGCACCUUCGUACUGAUCUUUAUACAAAUCGACAUAUGCAAUGGUUUUAUUUUAGAGUAUCUAACACAAAAAAACAAAUGAUGUACAGAUUUUCAAUAGUAAAUUUAUCAAAGCCGGAAAGCCUAUAUAACGAGGGUAUGCGACCUUUAUUAUACUCGACGAAGGACGCUCAAUUGCAUUCGAUCGGUUGGAGACGAUGCGGCGAUAAUAUCGCAUACUACAAAAAUGAUUCCACAUGUGAGGAAGAAGAACAAUAUCCAAGCUAUACAUUGACUUUCAAUUUAGAAUUCCCACAUACAGAUGAUGCAGUAUAUAUAGCACAUUGUUAUCCAUACACUUAUUCUGAUCUACAAGAGUAUUUAUCAAGAUUACAAGCCCAUCCUGUCAAAUCGACCUACUCUAAACUAAGACUUCUAUGUAGGACUUUAGCAGGGAACAAUGUGUAUUAUCUAACAAUUACCGCACCACAAAACCCGAAUGAAAUGGAUCAAAAGAAAAAAAAGGCUGUAAUUAUUACGGCUCGAGUUCAUCCAGGCGAGACGCCUUCAUCUUGGAUGAUGAAAGGUUUUAUGGACUUCCUUACCGGAGAUUCUAAUCAGGCUCGAGAAUUAAGAGAAAAAUUUAUCUUCAAGCUUGUACCUAUGUUAAACCCAGAUGGCGUUAUUGUUGGGAACAAUCGAUGCUCGCUCACCGGAAAAGACCUAAAUAGACAAUACCGAACCGUGAUUAGAGAAACUUACCCUCCUGUAUGGCAUACUAAAGUAAUGAUAAGAAGAAUUCAACGUAGUAAAGAAGGUACCGCAAGAGUUGUUAUUUGGAUGUUGGGAGUAGCAAACAGUUACACUAUGGAAGCAUCGUUUGGCGGAUCAGAAUUAGGUAGUAGAAUGUCAACGCAUUUCACUGCCCAAGAUUAUGAAAGUCUAGGUCGUACAUUUUGCGAAACAUUACUAGAUUUUUAUGAUGAAGAUCCAAGCAAAGAAAGAUUAAGAACAAAAAUUGUCACACGAUUAUUAAAAGAAGGCUCCAAUGCUGACGAACCGACAAAUAUUGAUCUCUCAGAUUAUUCCAGUGAUGAAGGUGACACAUCCAGUAGCAGCUCUGAGGCUGGAGGUUUAAGAGUGUCAUCUAAUAUAACCCAACUUGCUCCACCACCGUCUCCGAUUCUUCCAGAUAUAAGCAGAAGUUUAAGUGAAGUAUCAAGAGCAACAAUAGACAUUACAUCUGACGCCAUGUCAGAUGCAUCAUCAGAUUGUAAUUCUUUUGAAGAAAAUCUCAGUCCUGUAAGGAGAGUUCGCAAAUUACUCCAGUCGUCAGAGAAAUUAAAACCAAGAAGAAAAAAGAAAAUGCCACCUGAACUGAAAAUUCUCCCAGUUCUGACAAGUGAUUCACCACUCAAUUCCGAUCGAGAAAAAAAAUCCAACAAAUAUAGGCCAAGAAGUGUUUCAAUGAUCAAUGAUCAUCCAACACAAAGUAAAUUAAAGUUAAAACCUGCAUCAUGGCAUCAAUUUCAACGUUUACCACCACCAAAGUGCCUAUCAGAAAUAAAAGGGAGAAAUAUGCAACCAUCGGAAUUGCAAGUAAAACUAAAUUCCCUUAAGAAAAAUAUCUGGACUGGAGUACAAGAUGAAGAAAAGGGUCCUUUAUCUUGGGGUAUUUCAAGCUUCGCCAUGAAUUCAUAUUUCACUGACAGUGAAGCUUUACUCAGAUCAUGUUCAAAGAAAUUAGAAGAACUAGAGGGUGAUAAACAAAAAAUUAAAGAUGAGAAAAAGAAGAAAAAAAAUAAGACUAAAAAAGUUUCUGUGAAAGUGCCAAAUACUGAUGAUGUAUUGGAACCUAUUAACAAAAUUCCUAAAAGUAAUAAAAGGAAAGGAAAAUUGAAACAUGCAAGAUCAGAAAAUUCUACACACAUAAAUAACACAAGUUUUACUGAUAUACCAAGAAAUACUCAACCACAGAAUAGACAAGCAAAGUCAGCAUUCAGAAAAAGCGCUUUUGUUGCAACUGCUAUUCAGUCUAAAAAAACCCAUAACAAAAAAAUAAUUAUAUCAGAAAAUUCAGAUUCUGAAGAAUCAAUUCAAGCAAUCAAAAAAGUAAAGAAAAAAUCUAAAAUUGCUAAACAUAAAUUACAAAAAGCUACUACUGCAACAAAA